AUGCACAAUUUCCUCAGCGCUUCACUGCUCUUGACUCUGGCGGGCACACUGACAGCUGCCCAGUGUCCAGCAUCGAACACCAAAAAGCAGACCUGCCGCGUCGAAUCGCAGUAUGCUUCUUCAGACGGCGCAGCGGACGACUCGCCAGCAAUUCAGGCUGCGUUCGAUAAAUGCGCUUCCAAUGGAAUCAUCGCUUUCAAUCUGGGUGUCGAUUACAACGUCCUGACACCAAUCAACGCGUCGAAUCUCUGCGAUGUCGAUAUCCACAUGUAUGGCAAUUUGAAUCUUCCUCGCAACGUCACCUACGUCCAGGAGCUAUACAACAAGACUGUCGGGGCUUCUGACGACAACUUACACUGGUUCUUAUUCGGCGGCGAACGUGUCAACUACACCGGUACCGCUAAUGUCACGUCUGGCUGGAUCAAGUCCUAUGGCCAGGAAUGGUGGAACCUGAGUGCGCCGAACGGCACAGGCACCCCCGGUCGCCCUCACUUGUCAUACUGGAACGUCACGGAUCUGUCAAUCAACCACCUCAAACACCUCAAGCCGAUCGCCUGGAGCCACAGACUUGAGGGCAAGAACAUCCACGUCCAGAACUCCGUCAUCGAGGCCCAGACUGAUCAACAAACAAACGAGUCAAAAAUGAGGUGA